GCGAGUUCGCUGUGUUAUCAUGUGAGCCGAUGAAAUAAUGUUUUCUUGAUAUUAUUUGUCGCGAGUGGAUUAUAUAUUUGUGAUUUAGUGAUUUGUGACAUAAUAAACCAUGGCGGACAUAAAAUCGCCGCCGUACAGUGACAUCAAGAGACCUGAGGAGGUGGUCAGGAUGACGACGAAUGAUAGCCUGAAAUUUGCAGUUCUUAUCGGGCUGAUUGAAGUGGGAGAAGUGACCAAUCGGGAGGUGGUUAACACGGUUCUACACCUGUUGGUCGGCGGCGAGUUUGACAUGGAGUUGAACUUCGUGAUACAGGACGCUCAGAAUAUUCAACACAUGCUGGAACUACUCGACCACUGUCCGCCGAGUUUACAGGCAGAGAUAUGGUCGGUGUUCAUUGCGAUCCUGCGCAAGAGCGUCCGCAACCUGCAGGCGUGUACCGACGUGGGACUCAUACACCACGUGCUGCAGAGGUUGCCGCGGGCAGAGACAGUUGUAGCCGAUCUGCUCAUCGAGAUGCUGGGCGUGCUGGCAAGCUACAGCGUCACCGUGAAGGAGCUGAAGCAGCUGUUCAACGCUAUGAAAGCUGUUAAUGGCAAAUGGCCGCGUCACUCCGCCAAGCUGCUGAACGUGCUCCGUCAGAUGCCGCACAGGAACGGCCCUGAUGUUUUCUUCAGCUUCCCCGGACGGAAGGGAUCGGCGGUGGUGCUACCCCCGUUGGCACGGUGGCCGUACGAGAACGGAUUCACAUUCACAACCUGGUUUCGACUGGAUCCCAUCAACUCGGUCAAUAUAGAGAGAGAGAAACCUUACCUAUACUGCUUCAAGACAAGUAAAGGCGUUGGUUACACGGCUCAUUUUGUAGGCAACUGUUUAGUUUUAACAUCAAUGAAAGUACGCGGCAAGGGUUUCCAACAUUGUGUCAAAUACGAAUUCCAGCCCAGAAGAACAUUUCAAAAGAACAGUCAUCUAAUCUGCGACAUCAAGAAUUCCAGACGUUAUCCUGAUUUUGUAAUAUCCUUGCCGGCGGCGUUGCCUCUUAUCCUCGUACCAGACCAGAAUUUAAAUAAGUGCACAAUGUACGAACAGGGGGAGAUGGGGCCCUUCGACAAAUGCUAUAUCGGGGCAACGGCGGAGUUGGACGAAGAACGUGUGUUCUGUGGACAAAUGGCAGCUAUAUACUUGUUCGGGGAGGCGCUCACUACACACCAAAUAUGCGCCAUGCACAGACUCGGCCCUGGCUAUAAGGGUCAGUUCAGGUUCGACGCGGAGUGUCAGACACCGCUGCCGACGAGUGAAGUUCGGACAGACCGAUACGGUGACCUGGUCCACGAUCCCGCGCAGAACGUUCAUGAUGUGCUAUACGACGGCAAGCUGUCCUCCGCUAUAGUGUUCAUGUAUAACCCGGUCGCGACAGACGGACAGCUGUGCCUGCAGUCGGCGCCUAAGGGGAAUGUCUCGUAUUUCGUGCACACACCCCAUGCGUUGAUGCUCCAGGAGGUGAAAGCAGUCAUAACACAUUCAAUACAUAGUGCGUUAAAUUCUAUCGGCGGAGUGCAGGUUCUGUUCCCGCUCUUCGCUCAACUAGAUCUGCCACAUGACGCGCCAGCUUCAGAUUCUAAACGGGAUCCGAUGCUUUGCUCCAAACUACUCGGCUUCGUCUGCUCUUUAGUAGAGUCAUGCAGCACAGUACAGCAACACAUGCUGCAGUGUCGUGGUUUUCUGGUAAUUUCGUACAUGCUGCAGCGAUGCAGCCGGGAUCACCUCACUCCGGACACGUUAGCGUCAUUUCUCCAUUUGACGAAACAUCUAGUAACAUGCUGUUCUCCCAAUUCCGAUUUGUUACUCAAACAGCUGCUGGACCACAUACUGUUCAAUCCUGCUCUGUGGAUACACACGCCGGCGGCCGUGCAGGCCAGACUCUACUGCUACUUGGCGACAGAUUUCCUCGCAGACGCCCACAUAUACGGCAGCGUGAGGAGAGUCAGCACAGUCCUGCAGACGGUGCACACUUUGAAAUUCUACUAUUGGGUUGCCAAUCCCAGGACUAAAAGUGGAAUCACGCCCAAAGGACUAGAAGGACCGCGACCCGCACACAAGGAUAUCCUCACGAUCCGGGCGUACAUCUUACUGUUCUUGAAGCAGUUGAUCAUGAUCGGGAACGGCGUAAAGGAGGACGAGCUGCAAUCAUUACUCAACUAUCUGACUACUAUGCAUGAGGAUGAAAAUCUGCAUGACGUUUUACAAAUGCUGAUAUCUCUUAUGUCGGAGCACCCCAGCUCCAUGGUGCCAGCCUUCGAUGCCAAAGGCGGGGUGCGGACUAUUUUCAAGUUGCUUUCAUCUGAAAGUCAACUAAUAAGACUCCAGGCGUUGAAACUACUCGGUUUCUUCUUGAGCAGAAGUACACACAAACGCAAGUACGACGUGAUGUCGCCGCAUAACCUGUACACGUUGCUGGCGACGCGGCUGGGAGCGAGCGGCGAGGGGCUCGCGCUGCCUGUCUACAACGCACUGUACGAGCUGCUCACGGAGCAUGUCGGACAGCAGAUACUCUACACCAGCCACCCCGAGCCGCAGCCGCACUUCCGCCUCGAGAACCCAAUGAUAUUAAAAGUGGUGGCGACACUGAUCCGUCAGUCGAAGCAGACGGAACAGCUGCUGGAGGUGAAGAAGCUGUUCCUCUCCGACAUGACGCUACUGUGCAGCAACAACAGGGAGAACAGGCGGACCGUGCUGCAGAUGAGUGUCUGGCAGGAAUGGUUAAUAGCGAUGGCGUAUAUCCACCCUAAGAGCGCGGAGGAGCAAAAGAUUUCAGACAUGGUCUAUUCCCUGUUCCGUAUGCUGCUGCACCAUGCCAUCAAGCACGAGUACGGCGGCUGGCGCGUUUGGGUCGACACUCUCGCUAUCGUACAUUCCAAGGUGUCAUACGAAGAGUUCAAGCUGCAAUUCGCGCAAAUGUACGAACACUACGAGCAGCGGCGCGCGGACAACAUCACGGACCCGGCGGAGCGGCAGCAGCGGCCCAUCUCCACGAUCUCAGGCUGGGAGCGACCCCCGCGCCGCCCGGCCGACCCCACCGACCCGGCCGACCCCGCCGACCCCGCGGACCCCGCCGACUGCACUUGCGACGCGCGGCCGACGCCCGUCCUCUACAGCCAGGUCUGCAAGGUGCACAGCCCCGCCAAACAGGCCGGAACUACCCAAGUGCCUCCGGUCGACGGUUGUGAUAGUGUUACGUGUACAAAUAGUGAAGUGGAACACGCGGUCGACGAGGACGCGUCCGUUACGGAAGAUAAGUUGCUCAAUCCCGAUAACGAACUAGUGCGAUCUAUUAUUAACGAAACGAACCUACUAGAGAGCUCCGAGUCCGGAAUCGGAACGGUAGAGAAUUCUGAAACGGUAGAAAAGCAUCUGACGCGACAAGGUAGUCUCGAUUACAUUCCCGUGAGAGACGUGGGAGACGGCGUCUCGAAAGAUGACAACACCGACAAGAGCGAAGGUAUCCCUUCGAGUUUGUCCGCUAGCGAAACCGCGAGUCCCGAGAGAGUCGCAGAAUUAAACGUUACCACUGAAAGAGAAUCGGAACUGUCCGAUCCAUCCGAGUUAUACUUGACUCCGAGUGAAGCUACUAGUCCUAAGAAAACACAAGAUAAGACUGAAAUAAAUGUUCCCGAUGAGGUCGAAAACGACGAUCCGAAGCACAUCGCGAUAAAUAUUGUGAACGAUGUACUGACAAUCGCUUUAGAAACUGUAAGAUUAAAAACCGACGACGAUACGGAUUCCGGAGCUAUUUCUGGUGGAUUACAUUCCGAAGGCAAUACACCCAACGGUAGAGAUGACUUUGAGCAGGAGAUAGAAGAAAUAAUUGACGAGCGACAAACGGCUGAAUUGAUAGCAAAUGAUAUUAUUAAUGAUGUUAUUUCUUCAGUUUUAACGAAAUGCGAGGAAAGAGAUGAAACAGUGACCAGUACGACAGACGACAAUAGUCCACAGAGAGUAAUACCGUCUGAUCAUCCACACGAGGGCAACGUAUUACCUCUUGAUGGAGAGUUUUUAGUAAAUUCAAGGCAAGACGAGACAGAUCAAUUAGAGACCGAUAUAAGUAGCAAUGUAAAUGAAGAAAAUGUAAAAAAUGAUAGCCAAAGAGUAGACAUACCAGUAUCAGAAGAGCAGAAGACUCCUGAUAUCCCUCCCAUUUCGACUAUCAGUGAGAAUAUCUCAUUAGCUAAUAAUAUAGAACAAGAGGAUGAAGAAGAAAGAAAUCGUGAAAUUGAAAGAGAGAAAAGACGUGUCAGUUUACCUGGCGAUAACGAAAUGAAACAGGAUAGCAGUAGAAGUGAUGGUGUAGCUACACAAGGUACCAACACGUCAGCAUCGCCAAAGAGGCCACGAAGUGCGUCUACUAGCACGCAAGUGGACUCGAAUCAUUUUGAGACUAAGCGUCCGUCAACUUGCACGCGGCCUAUGUUCUCUCCGGGUCCGACGAGACCGCCAUUUCGUAUUCCGGAAUUUCGUUGGUCUUACAUACAUCAGAGAUUGCUUUCUGAUGUAUUGUUCUCUCUCGAAACUGAUAUACAGGUGUGGAGAAGUCAUUCGACGAAGUCAGUGAUCGACUUUGUGAACAGUAGCGAGAAUGCGAUAUUCGUUGUCAACACGGUGCAUCUCAUUAGUCAACUGGCGGAUAAUCUGAUUAUCGCGUGCGGUGGAUUAUUACCUCUACUUGCGUCAGCUACCUCGCCUAAUAAUGAAUUGGACGUGAUCGAGCCCACCCAAGGCAUGCCGGUAGAGGUAGCUGUGACCUUCCUGCAACGCCUCGUCAGCAUGGCAGAUGUGCUCAUAUUCGCAAGCGCCCUCAACUUCGCCGAACUGGAAGCAGAGAAGAAUAUGUCCAGCGGUGGAAUUCUUAGGCAGUGCCUUAGACUGGUGUGCACGUGUGCGGUGCGCAACUGCCUCGAGUGCAAGGAGAGGCAACGCUGCGCCGCCGCUCGCGCCGCCCGCGCCCCCCGCACCGCCCGCACCCCGCGCCGCCCCGACGACCCCGACGGCAAGAGUGUGGUCGCGAGUCUAGCAGAUAGUUCAAGUCCCGUGAAGGAUCCAGAGAGGUUACUCCAAGAUAUGGAUGUAAACAGGCUGCGGGCUGUAAUAUAUAGAGACGUGGAGGAGACGAAGCAGGCGCAGUUCCUGUCGCUGGCGAUAGUGUACUUCAUCUCUGUGCUGAUGGUGUCCAAGUACCGCGACAUCCUGGAGCCACCGUCGCUGGCCGCCGACUGCACCCGCCGCCCGCACCACGCGGCCGAUCACCAUGAUCACAACGGCGAAGACGUGGAGUACGCGAUGAUAGUCGUAGAUGAAAAUAACUCAACAAUUAAUGAGCUAGACUCCCCGUCUAUGAAGGAGUCGGAGGGAACGGAGGGUGUCGCGAAAAUUGAGACCACUACAGACGAACUCAAGCCAAACACUGCAAAGGCAGAGAAGCCGCAGGCGACACCUACCUCGGAAAAAGAGGAGCCUCUCUACAAGUCGAGUCUUCGUGUCAAAACUCAGAAGCCAAAGAGUGUGGACUCGAUCGAGGAUGCCGGCUCCUUCCACCUCAACUCGACGGAGACCACCAACAAUGAUCCUGAAACGUCAAGCGAGAUUGCGCUGGACGAUAAUAAGCAUCCGGUGAGUAACGAUGAGUCGUGGACAGACGUGAAUCUGAAUGAAGACGGAGAACGGGGCCCCGCAACCAUAACGGGGAGGACCAGGGACCACGAGGGAAAUAUACAUGAAGAUGUAGACAAACAGAUACACAUGCGCAACUCGGAGUCUCAUCACCACCUGCAGCAGCGGCAGAACAGGAAUCUGCAAGCUGCACAGAGACACUUACAUCCGGACAACGAUACGCUAGCAGGACUGAACGCUAUGAACUCUGCAAUGUGCGCGGAAGGCGUCUCCCGGGAGGCUUCCCUCACGAAUAAACUAGAGACGGCUCUAGGACCCGUGUGUCCGCUGCUGCGUGAGAUCAUGCUGGACUUCGCACCGUUCCUAUCCAAGACCCUUGUCGGCAGCCACGGACAGGAGCUACUCAUGGAGGGUAAAGGUCUCCAAACGUUCAAAUCCAGCACUUCAGUAGUAGAGUUAGUGAUGCUGUUGUGCUCCCAAGAGUGGCAAAACUCAUUACAAAAGCACGCGGGACUUGCGUUUAUAGAGUUGAUCAACGAAGGUAGACUGCUAUCUCACGCCAUGAGAGAUCAUAUAGUGAGGGUCGCCAACGAAGCUGAGUUCAUUCUGAACAGGAUGAGAGCUGAUGAUGUGCUUAAACACGCCGAUUUCGAGUGCGUAUGCGCGGCUGCGGGCGCGGAGCGAGCGGAGGAGGAACGCACGUGCGAGCGAUUAAUUGCAGCCGCGCGACGCCGCGACGCCGCCGCCGCCGCAAGGCUGCUCGACAAGCUGCGACACGCCGCCGCCGCACACCCCGCCGGGUACGUGCCCUUAUGA